GGAAACGGUGCCGCUUUGCGCCAAUCGUCGAUAUCUUGCGCGGAAAUGUCGGACGCCGGCUCUGGUAGCGACUCGGAAGAGGAAUUUGUGUUGCCACCUGGCUUUGAAAGCGUCAAGGGCGGGUCCAUCUCGAAGGCGUCGCUGGAAGACAAGGAGUUGUGGUUCUUCCGCGUCCCCAAGAAUGUGGAUGCGUCCGUGUUGCAUGGCGUGACGAUCAAGCUACCGAAAGACCAAAACGCAUUUGUCCAAGUGCCGGUGGACGUCGAGGGCAACAAGAAGCAGUUCACACUGAAAUCCAACGACAUCAGCCUGUACUCCCAAGUCGUGAACCUCGUCCCUGACAAGGCCAACAGCCAGACCUUUGUCCCAGGCAAGCCAUUUGCACGAAGCUUUUCGCUGGUGGAAUCGGUGGUCGUGCCCAACGUUCCGGCAGAGUCCGUCGCAGCAGCAGCACCAAAUGAUGGCGGCAGUCCGGCCAAGAAGAAGUCAAAGAAGUCGAAAAAGCACAAAACGACCGAGUAGUAGUAGAUCAACCACCCCCUUCAAACAUGCAUAUGACUAUUCAAUCCCUCG